AUGGAGAAGGGAUAUAGCACAGUCACCUUCGACGGGACGCCCAACUACGGUCACACGCCCUCCCACCACGCGGCGCAGUUCCCCAACCACUCCUUCAAGCACGAGGACCCCAUGGGCCAGCAGGGCUCUCUGGGCGAGCAGCAGUACUCCGUGCCGCCCCCAGUCUACGGCUGCCACACCCCCACUGACAGCUGCACCGGCAGCCAGGCCCUGCUGCUGAGGACGCCCUACAGCAGUGACAAUUUAUACCAGAUGACCUCCCAGCUUGAAUGCAUGACCUGGAAUCAGAUGAACUUGGGAGCCACAUUAAAGGGAGUUGCUGCUGGGAGCUCCAGCUCAGUGAAAUGGACAGAAGGGCAGAGCAACCACGGCACAGGGUAUGAGAGCGAUAACCACACCACGCCCAUCCUCUGUGGCGCCCAGUACAGAAUACACACCCACGGCGUCUUCAGGGGCAUUCAGGACGUGCGGCGCGUGCCUGGAGUAGCCCCGACUCUUGUCCGGUCAGCAUCUGAGACCAGUGAGAAACGCCCCUUCAUGUGUGCUUACCCGGGCUGCAAUAAGAGAUAUUUUAAGCUGUCCCACUUACAGAUGCACAGCCGGAAGCACACUGGUGAGAAACCAUACCAGUGUGACUUCAAGGACUGUGAGCGAAGGUUUUCUCGUUCAGACCAGCUCAAAAGACACCAAAGGAGACACACAGGUGUGAAACCAUUCCAGUGUAAAACUUGUCAGCGAAAGUUCUCCCGGUCCGACCACCUGAAGACCCACACCAGGACUCAUACAGGUGAAAAGCCCUUCAGCUGUCGGUGGCCCAGUUGUCAGAAAAAGUUCGCCCGGUCAGACGAAUUAGUCCGCCAUCACAACAUGCACCAGAGAAACAUGACCAAGCUCCAGCUGGCACUUUGAGGGGUCCAACCCGGGGACAGGGCUGUGUCCCAGGCAGGACAGUGUGGGAACUGCUUUCCAAUCUGACUUUAAAAUUCCUCCUCACUCAACCUCUCUCAGAAGGAAAUGGCAGUUCGCCUUCUUCCUCCAGCUUCCAAGACAAGAUGCGUGUACUACUGGAUCCCGCCAGGUUUCCCCGGAGAAGGUGGCCUCCACUCUGCCAACUUAUAGUUGACUCACAAGGCCCCGGAGAGGUGGCUAACGACGUCCAUCGCCGUUUGGUCUGGAUUUCCCAGUGUAAGAAGAGCCAUUGUUGAGAAGGUUCCCCCACCCUCUUCUUUUACGCUCAUUUUCACUGGGAAUGGAGUCAUUGUACCAUUUUCCAUCAUAGAAUAUUUAUAGGCCAGGGCAUGCGUAUGUGUCUGCUAAUGUAAACUUUGUCAUGGUUUCCAUUUACUAACAGCAAUAGCAAGAAAAUAAAUCAGAGAGCAGGGCCCUGGGGGUGAGACCCGUCAGACAGUGCGGAGGUUAGGCAGGCUGCGCACUGCCAGGCAAUUUUUAAAGCCCGUGUCUUUCAAGCAGCUGAAAAAAAAAAAAGAAUCAGAACUAACCAGCAACUCUGUAGAGAAAUAUGAAAGAGAUUUACCAUUCAGUUAAUUCAAUGUUAAUAUUAACAUAAUGCUCUUAAGACACCGUGUUCGAAGAGCUGAGAUUUUGGUUUUGUGUUCAUUUUUGACUUUUUGAAUUGUAGUCAUACGCGUCUUCAGAGAUGUACAUAUAGCCUCCACAAAGGAAGUGGAAUUCAUUUGUAUCAUGUGGGGUGCCCUUAGAGUCCUUCCAAGUGUACAGGCCACGCUGGUUAUGUGGCUUCAAGUUGUAAAAAUUAAAGCAACUCGAAAAGAAAUAGGGCUGAUCUGGGAUCUCACGGAUAAGACUGUUCUUAAGUAACUUAAGUAACUUUGGGUCUGCAAGUAUAUGUGCAAAAAAUGAUACUUAACUAGGGUGAGGAAAUCCAUUGUUUAAAGGUAAUUGGGUGUGUGUGAUUUUUUUUUUUUCCGGAUUUUUAAGGGAGGGAGUUUUAUUAUUUACUGUUGCUUGAAAUUAUUGUGUAAAUAUAUCUAUCUGAUAAUGAUUUGCUCUUUGACAACUGAAGUUAGGAAAUGUAUAAACGUUAGAUGCAUCACUGUCUUGGUGUUGAUCUUACAACGUAUGGAUAACACUAAAAAUGUAACCUGCAUUUUUUCACUUCGCU